AUGCCGCAGUCACUGAAGAGCGGGAUUGCUGCGCCGAUCGAGCACGAUAUGGCGGCCACUCCCAAAGUCUCGACUCAGCUUGCAGUGCCUACUCCAACUCCUGCUGGAGCCACCAUGCCCUCGACUACGUUCUUUGAUCUUCCACCAGAGAUCCGUAACAUCAUCUACGACAUGGUCACCAUUGCGAACACGCCAUCCCCCUAUAGCCCCGACGGAAGCCGCAUACCCACCCACCUGCCUCCAUGGAACCUCGGAAUCUUGCCAACGACCACACCUGCGCUUAGCCAGGUGAACAAGCAAAUUCGCCAAGAAGCGUUGCCCAGGCACCACAUGAUCUACGGUCUGCAACUGUUGAGUCCCUCGGUGCAAAGCAACGCCUACUCUAAAACAGCUGAAAUGUGGCUCGAAGCCUUUGGCCGGACUCGAAUCCCGAUGACACGUAAAUUUCUGUUAUUCGGCGGACGCCGAGAUCUCAAGAUCCUGCUUCGUGGCGCACCAGACUUCCCAAAGCAGGUCAAGAAGGCGUUUCUAGUACGAGUUACGAACCCAUUCGAUCCCUUCUAUCACUAUGAUGUCGAAGAGAUCGAGGCAUUCAUCGAGCCGCGCUUGAAGCAGAACGGCGCUGGAGUGUUCUUGGAUUUUGAUGAUGUGCUUGCUAUUUUGGCAAAGGUGCGUAAGAUGUCGAAGGACUGGAUUCCCGUUGGAUAUUAG